AUGAAUAUUCAUCAAGCGCAUUGUCUACUGCCUGAGGGAGGCACUCCACAAGUCCCCGAAUCCAACAUUACCCCCCUGAGACGCUUUUCCCAAUGGCUACGUUCUGGAUGGACGACUGCGGGAACAACAUCGACCACGGUCGACAACAAUGACAGCAUUGUCUCGGCGUCUGCUGAAACCUCCAUACGCGUCUCUGGACAGUCUACGAUUGGUGUAAUCGGAAACUCGCAAGACGGCUCACACGCGACAGAUAAUGCACACAAAGACCAUGAGACCUUCCCUUGUCGAACUUGUCGCAUGCGGAAAGUCGAAUGUGACCGGUCCCUGCCGCGUUGUUCCAACUGUCUUCAUGAGCAGUUGUUGUGUUUCUAUGUGGAACCCCUCCGGGUAUCUAGAAAAAGGGCCAAGGACCUACAGCUGCAGUCUUCGCUGCAGGAACAACGACCAGCGCCGUUGCAGGAAAGUCGCUGUUGA